AUGUCUUGUACAAAGACCGAACCAGUAACUACAGAAACAGUGACUGAGGAACAGACAGACUUGGUUCUGCGUUUAUCUCGCGAUCCUGAAAGACCACACGUAAAUUGGACCACCGAUACCGUGGACAAUGAACAUAUGGGCAAGAAGAAGAGCAAGUGCUGCUGUAUUUACAAAAAGAAGAAAACGUGGCAGGAUAGCAGUAGCAGCGACGAUUCGGACUGCGAAACUGGUAACUGUCGUGGCCACGUGGAAAAGAAGAAGGGACAUGAUAGCCAUCCAGAAGGAGACGAUCAUGCUGGACCUUGCGAACAUUAA